CUAGCCUUUUGUCCCUGGCCAGAAGAAGUGAAGCGGUCAUCUCCGUCCUUCCCGUACACCCAGGAUUAGCUGAGACAGCGCCGUAUCACCACGCACGCCCCUGAUCUGGACGGCACAGCCGAGUCCGUGGCGGCGUGGUCCUUCUCCCCAGGUCACUGGAUCCAGCCGAGAUUCAUCCUGGAUGCAUCGUCCAGCCGCUGCCCUCGAUGCCUCCGCUGCGUCUCUCUCCGUGGCCCAGCCGCUGCCCUCGAGUCACCGUCCGACAGCCUCGACACCUACCGGCAGUCGGACGGGCGCGCAGCCGCACCUGUUAACAUCCAAUUUCACAAGAAGGUGCUCUUGCAGGGGACUUUCUGGACUGGCGCUAUGCCGCUCUAACCUUCUCUCCUCCUCUGUUCCAACUCCCCUCCUCCUCGUUCCCCCAAUCUUUCCCUCGCCCUCUGAUCUCUCUCUAAUCCCUUGUCACAUCUUCUCUCUUGUGGAUCCUUUCUUAUCAGCUGUCCUGCUUUGGCCCUCCCGGUCACUUGUGGUUCUGGACGGGCGGGUUUCUAGCAUAAAAAGAGAGCUUGCUCGUCCGGAUGCGGACGAGCCUGGGGAAAAGAGUGUUAAUCAGGUCACUCAGCUCUCUUCUCGAGCGAUUGCGCCAGAUCCUGGGAUUGAGCUCACCAUGCAAGCGCUGUCCAUCAGCGAACCGGCGAUUGUUUAUAUUCAGGCUGAACAGAGGCUUGAGGAGGGUCAGGAUGCAGAUUUCAAUUUUCUCAUGAAGCUUGCUUCUACAAGAGGUCCAAUCAGAGUUCUUUCGGUUUAGGCUGUGCAGCACUCUAUGGCUAGAGCAUGGAUGCUGUUAUGUUUGUGAUUACUCCUCAGCCUUGGAGCAUGGGUUCGGAUAAUUCAAAGGUAUAUUCAAGCAGAAAGUCAAAGUGGUGCCUUUAUGGGUACAGUGCUGCUGCCAGUCACAGUUAAUCUAGAGACAGCCGCUGUUUGAAGCGACAACACGGGAGUAGCACAAGUUGAAACAUUGCAGGCUCUAGGACAGCAGAGCGGUGCUAUUUCGGACCCGGUGCAGAUGGGCGGUGCUAAACAAUCUGGGCCAUUUUCUUAGGAGUUGCUGGGCCCUCUGUGAAUAUAUUGAAGCAGUGAUUUAGGCCAGAUUUGGAAUAAGAGGGAUACCUAGUCCCAUCGAAGAAUACGCUUCUGGCAGCCUUCAUCUUGAAACAUGUAAAAGAGAGUAGCAAGAGCAGCAUCAAGGAACACCGCAUAGCAUAAUUCUACCCGGCGAUCCUCUCCUCAUCGCCCUGUGGAAAAGCGAUCACCGGGUUGUAUCCGGAAAUUGUAAGAGGUGUGUUUUAUUAAGUAUCCAGCUCUAGUUGUCAUAAGGUCAAAGUACAACUCUGGGUCGUCCGUUUACCGAGGAACACGACUAUUGAAAUAGAUAAACUUUCCUGCAGGGGUGCACCACAUUACCCAACACGCUCGAUCCCUCUGGCCGGAUACACUUUCCUGGGUCAUGCCUGGCCUCGG